AAUAUAUUCGACUUGUCACAAUGAAUUUCGAAUAAUUUCGAAAAUAUGUAGUCCGACCAAAAUUUGUUUUUGUUGUUAACGGUCGCCAUCUAACGUUUGAUCGGGAGGAUUGAAAAAUAAUAAAUAAAGAGAUAUGUCGCACUUAUUUCCGAAGCGUACAAGUGAAUUAUCAACAAUGGAUUCAGAUUUAGAAACUCCAGAAAGGCGAAAAGAGACAAGUCCAUCUAAAUUCUCUUACAGACUUCCAAAACGAGUAGUAGACUUGGAGUUUCAAGAAUCUGAUUCAGAUGAAGAAAAAAAUGACAAACUCAACUGUGCAAUUCUCAACGAGUCGUUUGUUCUCAGUCCCUCGAAAGACAUCGAAGUAGGCGACACUCCAUGUAGAAAAACUAAAUCUCCAACAAAUGAAAAUGAUAAGAAUAUUCAGAAUCAAACGUUGGCAAAUGAUGAAAAGACGAAUGACAGCGGAUUUCUAUCACGAAGAAUUGUCCUCACCGAAAAUAAGAAUAUCGAUGAGAGCCUCCACAAAUUACCUUUCCGACAAAUCAGAUCCCGAAUGCAGCUUUUCAAUUCAAACUCUUCAGCUCAAGAGACUCCACAAGAAAAAUCGGUUCCAUCAGUAUUCAAAACACAACAAAAACACGAAUCUGAGGUUGUUCGAGAACCGUUUUCGACUUUGAAGUCGCACGGAAUAUCAACACCAGGUAUCAAACAAACAAUGUCAGAUCCAUCUGAUUUAGAAACACCUUUAAAAAAAUCAGAAGAUGCGAUCUUUGCAACACCUUCCGUACGUCCCCAAUCGUCAUUAAUGUCGGCAGUUGUGAAACCUUCGAAUCCUCUUCCACUUCCUUUAACUUGUGAGAAGAAAGAAAAGCCACAAGUGAAGAUUCUUUUCACAACUCCAAUCACGCGACCACCACCAGGAAGUUUGCUGAAAUCAACCCCAGUCGAAUCAAGAAAACCACCAGUACAAAAUCAAAGAAAACUGUCGCCAAUCAAUGAACCAUCGUCAGAAAAGGAAACAAGUGAAAACAUCUCAACGAUCAAUGAUGUUGAAUAUGUUAUGGAGAAGAAGCUUGGAUCUGGCGGGUCUAGCACAGUGUUUCUAGGUCGAGAUAAGAAGACGAAUCGAGAAUGUGCGAUAAAGAUUGUAAACCUAGAUGGAGAUCAACAAGUCGUUGAUGGAUAUUUGAAUGAAACAAAAUUGCUCGCGAGACUUCAAGGAAAUGUUAAUGUUGUGUCUUUAUUCGAUUACGCUCAUCUACCAAAGAAACGAAUUUUAUACAUGGUGAUGGAGAAAGGAGAAUCAGAUUUACAUAAAAUCCUUCAAGGCUUUCGAACUCAUAUUCCAUUAUACACAAUGAUAAGUUAUUGGCAUCAAAUGCUGCAAGCUGUUCAUUAUAUUCACCAAAAUGGAGUAAUUCAUUCAGAUUUGAAGCCGGCAAACUUUCUCAUGGUCGAAGGAAGACUUAAACUGAUUGAUUUCGGUAUUGCUAGCAAUAUUGCAAUCGAUUCAACAUCAAUCAUCAAAUUUUCACAAGCUGGAACUUUUAAUUAUAUUUCACCAGAAGCUUUGAUUGACACUUCAACAGGUGAUAGUCCAUCAACACAUCAUCAGCCAAAAAUUCGACUCUCAACAAAGUCAGAUGUCUGGUCACUUGGCUGCAUUCUUUACUUGCUUAUAUUUAAGAAAACUCCAUUUUCUCAUAUAAAAGUUCUUCAUCAAAAGAUUCACGCACUUACAAACCCCAACACAAAGAUUGAAUAUCCACCAAUGCCAAAUUUUUAUCCACCAAUUCUCGUUGAGAUGGUGUUUGGUGUAAUUUACGUCAUUGAUUCGUCGGAUCAUUCAACAUUGGAGAGAUCGAAGGAAAUUUUUGGUGCUAUUAUGUCGAAUGAUUUACUGAUGGGGAAGCCAAUGUUGAUUCUUUCAACGAAACAAGAUCUUCCAGGGGCACUCGAUUCCCUCGACAUCUGUGAUUAUUUUGAAGUCGAAUAUCUUGCUAAUCUUUUCAGAACGCCAUGCUACAUUGAAGGUGUCGGACGAUACGAGAACCAAUACGAUUCCCAAGUCGCUAUGGCAGCUUGCACUUGGCUGGUGAACACUAUUUGUAAUAACUAUAAAAGUAUUCAAAACAAAAUCCGGUUCCUGCGUGUUGUCACGCAAAAUGAAUCGCUUAGUAGUAACGAAGAAAUCCCGAGGAGAAAUCGUCGACCAGCGACCGGAAAAAGAAAGAAGAAACUUCGUUUUGCCCAAAACCGACCGAAAUCCGCCCCACACGCCAAAGUUAGUAUCACGAGCGACAAUCCAAACUUUUUGACGUCAUCAAACCUACCGCCGUCACUACGCGCUAAGAAAAACAAUCAAAUUUCACCAUUGGACGACAACUACUCCUUACGUUUUAAUUAUGAAGUGGCGUGUGAGCGACACAUUCGCGAUGGCUUGAAAGCUGGUCUGAUCAAUGGAAUUAUCACAGUUUCGGAAAUGACGGAGAAAACACGCGACCUUGACAAUAAUGUUAUCAUGGUGGAAGAUCUUUCGUUACCGCCCAUAUCACAGCAAGAAGUCGCCAUUACUUAA